AUGCCUCAUUUCAUCGAAUGUUAUAUGGAAUGGCCUGACCAUCUCCGGGAACUUACUGAGCCUCUCUCACGUCUCUCAAACCACGAACUCAUUGAAUCUACUGCCGUUCGAUAUCCCUCUGCGUUCCACUGCGUCGAUUCGACGUUUAAACGGCUAUGCACUGUUCUAGAAGGGGAUUUUCUCUCUCCAGACGGACCUGACCCCAAAACAAGCAUUCUCGGACCGUUUGCAGGAAACAUUAUUCAAAAGGCCGCACCGCAAAUAAAGGCUUGCUUCGAACCUCUCUAUGCACGAGCCGUCUAUCCUUGCAACGUUCAUGCACCAGCGACCAAAUUUCUACGCGGCACUUCCAAAGCCACCUCUAUCGUAUUUUCUCCUAUCCCUACUGCCAGUUUGUUGGAGGGGGGCGUCCUGUCUAGCGGAACUACGCCUGAAUCGUCGUAUGAAGGAGAGGGACCUGAAGUCUCUGACUCAGACGUUAACUAA